AUGAAGUCUGCCCCUACCCUACUGGCCACGCUGUUGUGGCUGUUUGCACCAAGUUCGCUGUGGUCCGCUAAAAUCGUUGUGGUCCCUCCCAUCAUGUUUGAAAGCCAUCUGUACAUUUUCAAGACCCUUGCGUCUGCCCUGCAUGCUGAGGGCCACGACACAGUAUUCCUGGUGUCGGAAGGUCGCGAGGUGCCGCCGUCCUCCCACUAUAGGCUGCAGCGGUAUCCAGGCAUCUUCAACAGCUCCUCAGCUGACGACUUCCUCCAGUCCAAAGUGCGCAACAUCUUCUCUGGGCAGCUGACGCCCCUGGAGCUCUUUGACAUCCUGGAUCACUACUCGCAGAACUGUGACAGUGUUGUGGGUAGCGCUGAAGUCAUGGAGCUGCUAAAGCGUGAGCACUUCGACUUGCUGCUUGUCGACCCUAAUGAGAUGUGCGGCUUCGUCAUCGCCCACAUCUUGGGAGUGCAGUACGCCGUCUUCAGCACUGGCCUUUGGUACCCAGCCGAGGUGGGCGCACCGGCUCCACUCUCCUACGUGCCAGAGUUCAACUCUCUGCUCACGGACCGCAUGUCGCUCGUGCAGCGGUUGGCCAACACGGCUGUCUACCUGGUGUCUCGCUUUGGCGUGCAGUUCCUCGUGCUGCCCAAAUACGACCGCAUCAUGAGGAAGUAUGAUGUGCGGCCGUACGUGUCCAUGCAUGAGCUGGUGCAGGGCAGUCGCCUCUGGAUGCUUUGCACGGACAUGGCACUCGAAUUCCCCAGGCCCACACUGCCGCAUGUCGUCUAUGUAGGGGGUAUCCUCACCAAGCCUCCAAGCCCUCUGCCACAGGAAUUUGAGGCCUGGGUGAAGGAUACGGAUGAGCAUGGGUUUGUGGUGGUGUCAUUCGGUGCAGGAGUGAAGUAUCUCUCCGAAGAUAUUGCACACAAGCUGGCUGGAGCCUUGAGCCGACUACCUCAGAGAGCCAUCUGGAGGUUUUCUGGAGUUCCCCCCAGUAAUCUUGGCAACAACACUAAACUAGUGGAGUGGAUGCCACAGAAUGACCUAUUGGGACACAGAAACACACGUGCGUUCCUGAGCCACGGUGGCCUGAACAGUAUCUAUGAGGCCAUGUACCACGGAGUGCCCGUGGUGGGUGUGCCGCUGUUCGGGGACCAUUAUGACACCAUGACACGCGUGCAAGCCAAAGGCAUGGGCAUUAUGCUGGAGUGGAAAAGAAUGAGCGAAGAGGAUCUGUAUACCGCCAUGGUCAAUGUUAUCACUGACAGCAGGUAUCGGGAGAGAGCGCAGAAGUUGUCUGAAAUCCAUAAGGAUCAGCCCGGUCAUCCAGUGACCCGUGCAGUUUACUGGAUCAGCUACAUAUUGCGUCACCAUGGCGCAGAGCACUUGCGCUCUGCCGUCUACAGUGUCCCCACCUACCAGUACUUCUUAUUGGACGUUGCUGCGGUGAUGGGUGCAGGCCUGCUGCUCAUUUGCUACUGCAUGUACCGGAUAGGCAGGUUCCUCCAGUCCAGGCUGAGGCGGGGUGUGGUCUCAGCAGAAAAGGCUAACGGACACUGUCACAACGGGAUUCCCAAUGGCAAGCACAAACGGAACGGCCAUGUAAAGAGCAUGGAGAAGAAGCUCAAAUAAAACCUAGGAAAUAGUCAAUGCUAAAGCUACACUAAAGAGGGGAAACUAACUACAUGCCAUGCGCCUACACAGGUCAAUAAACACACAGGUCAGCAGACUCACAGACAAACCAACAAACACCAACUACACAAAGAAGCAAGUUGAAAGCCAAAUCGGGCAGAAAAUCAUGACAGGAUAUGUCGGUUGGAUUGAGUUCCUUCUGUAUAGAAGUUUUAUUUCCCACUGACAAGUUUGGAAUGGAGUGGAAGUUGACGUGUGAUAUGGAAUGUCGACUUUAUCCUUGAAGAACAGUUUUAAUUUCACAAAUUAAUGCUCUUAACUAGAAGCUGUCGUGAUGCAGCUGAGCAUCAGAUAUCUGUAUAUAGUACAGCGACUUUUAAAUCUAUUUAUUUUUUUUUUCAUAACUGAAACUAAUAUUUUUGGAAAUUCCUAAAACGUCAAGCGCAGUCUCUUCCCCCAGAUGUAAUACACCCCUACGCCCAAUGCUUUAAGCUUGUUAGAUGAUCUAGUCAUUUGAAUCAUAGACAUACUAGUCAAAGCUACUUUAGAGAGCAACUAGGAGAGAUCAGAGGAAUCGUGGGCCAUAAUACUAGGCUUGACAUUGGCACAAUGCUAAGCAAUCAUGCAGGAAAACCUCUUAUCCUACUUGUGCUCUGCUGAAGUGCUGCUAAUACUAGGCAAGGAAUGCUAGCUGGCCAUAGAGCAAAGCCCACUUGCCAUGUUUUUUUUUUUUUUUUCAUUUAGCUUGUUUCCUUUUUUAAUGAGCUCAUUUAAUUUUUAACUCUUUAGUCGAGAAAGUAUCGUUGUGAAAGGUGUAGAUGCUUUUUGCAAAUUACAGGCAAAAGUCCUUAGAAAUGAUCCAAACGAUCCCAUUAAUUUUGUGAACAAUGAUUUCUCUUUCAGGUGCUUACAGUCAUAAGCUCACACACUUUUCUAAUCUUAGGCUUCUUUUGUUUCUCUUUUACUCGCACCCCCUCAGUUCUACCUAUAGGCAUAUUUGCCUAUGCCUGGUCAAACUGCAUAAAAACAAUACGGAACAAGUUAAAAAUUCUUUGUAUACGUACGUGCGAAACAUCCUGUAUGAAACAGGUUUGAUUGUGCUUUCGUAUAAUAAACCAGGUCAAAAGUGCUGAUAUAUUUUCUGCACACUUCCACAGAUCAGAGGGGCUCUAUAUUAGGAGGCCUUAUGUUAGGCACUGGUUUGGUACUGUAGUUAACCUAAUCCCAGGGUGCAUCAGCUGUGUGUGACCUAAAAGGUGCCAAAAAGGGCACAAAUGUUUGGUUUCCUAAAGAACAUUUUACUUGAGUAGUUCCAGUACAGCUGUUGGAAAUCUGUGUUCAGAGUCAGUGAGCUGUCUAGAACUUCCAGAAGGCCUAGAAGGUAGAAAGAAGAGACGAUAGAAAAAGGUAGGUAGGUUUCAAAUUGUACCAAUGUAUUUUAGAACAUUGCGUUAGAUUUUCUUGCAAAAAUACUUGAGAAAUGCAGUUAAAAGGGGAAAAUGUAAGAGUUUAGUCAUAUGUUUAGUCAUAUGUAAAUGUAUUUGUUGGGCAGAGGGCUGGGAUUAAGGGAACUCUCUAGCAACUUUGGGCAGCCCUGGCCUAGUGUGACUUAUUUUCUCAUGAACUCUGUCUCACUAAACGUAAAUCAUAAACAUGACUCCAUUGUCACUUUCUAAUCACGUUUGUUGUUAUUCUGACCUGUAAAGAGCUCCUGAAUUGCUAACCAAUAGGAAAGCUGGCUCAGCUGUAUCUACCUAAAAACCACAGGGAAAAAUUUAGACUGGACAGUUCUUUCAUUUAACCUUUCGUUUCUUACCAAAACUUAACGAAAUGAGAAUGUAACCAUAGUACCUGCAGAGCAUGAACUAAAAAUGUUUAUUUCUCAGAAACCAUUAGAUCUUUCUGUUGGUCUAGACAGCCUGAGGACCUCUGUUGUAAGGUUCUUGAGGGAACCAAAAGUGGUUCUUCUCUCCAGAGCACCCUUUUUGGCACCUUUAUUGUUGAGUGUAGGUUAACUCUUUGAGAACUGCUGCUCAAACAGGCCUGGCAUGCCAAUGCUAGUUUGUUCAACAGACUUCGAGAAAAGACUUUGACAUCAUCAUCAAGAUCUGAAUGUCUAUUGCAUAAAAAAUGAGCAGAGAUCAAAAAAUGCAGUUUUAGUUCUCCAGCUAAACCCUGAGCUGAAAAUGUUACCACUAUUUUGUUAGAACGAUGGCAUGUCCACAACUUCCAGCAUGCAUGUGUCAAUUGCACUAAAGCCUCUCGUACUUUCUGAUUAAAGUAGCCGAUUACUGACUGAUCCUUCAAUCCUAUUAGCAAGUGAAAUGAGGCAGAUAACACAAAACCCAAGAAACCAAACAAGACUUUUGCAAACGUUCACAGAAGCAUAAUGGUUCUAGUGCCGUUUUCUCCAUGAGCUACAGGCCUGCUCCCAGCCAAGCACUGUUCAUGACUAUGUCUAUGUCCAUACUUGAAUACUGUACAUGUAAAAAUGGCUGCAAAACGGCUGGAAACGCACCCAAGCUAUGACUGGAGAGACGGCUAGACAUACACUUUUAUUUAAAGGACGUCUACCUUUUUGUUCAUAAUUACAGUAUUAAUAGAUGGUUAAUAGCAGAAGAAGGAACUGUAGUUGCUUAGUAAACACGAGCUACAGGAGCAACUCUAUGAAGUGUGUGUGUGUGUCUGUGUGUGUGUGUGUGUGUGUGUGUGAGAGAGAGAGAGAGAGAGAGAGAGAGUGGUUUAGCUGGACUCUGCUGUGUCCAGCCUUGUCUUAAUACUGAUAUUUUAAAGUGCUACCAUUUACUUCACGUUCCCUUCUCUGUGUCUCUUGUUCUUUUUAUUUCUCCACCCAUCUCUCUCCACCUCUGUCCCUCUCUCCGAUUCCAUCGAGUUAGCUAAUGGCUGCUUACAUGUGUUUUUUUUUUAUUUCAUAAUGAUUUAAACAUUUGAACAUGUCUAUCGUGUGUUAAUGCCGUAAUGUAAAUAUAGUAUGUAAACAAAAAUACUAAUGCAAAAUAAACAUUAAAUAUUU